GGUGGAGCAGUCCAUCUUGGCCUUCCUGUUCUUGAAAAUAUGGUCAUGGUGAAGGAGAGGCUGUCACCUUGUGUUUGUAUCAGAUAGCGACCAUGCCGGGCCCCACUACGUCAUUGUGAGUGACCUAAAGCGGAGUUCAAAGGACGGAGGCCCUACCCUCGAGUGUGCCAGCGAGCGCGGCAGUCGCCUUCUUUAUCAGGUGGAUGUCCCGCUGGGGGGUUUAGGCCACGGCAGUCUCUCUCUCUUUCUCGCUCUCAGGUUGGGGAAACGCGCUCUCUCUCGUCGGAAAACGGUGCACCUCUGGCAGCCAAGAUGCCCAAAACGGUCAAUGUUCGCGUCACCACCGUGGAUGCAGAGCUGGAGUUUUCCUUCCAUCCCAACACGACGGGGAAGCAGCUCUUUGACCAGGUGGUCAGAACCAUCGGCCUGCGUGAGAUCUGGUACUUUGGGCUGCAGUUCGUGGACAACAAAGGAUUUGUCACGUGGCUGAAGUUUGACAAAAAGGUCACAGCCCAGGAGGUGAAGAAGGAAACCCCCAUGCAGUUCAAGUUCCGGGUCAAGUUUUAUCCCGAGGGAGUUGCCGAGGAGCUCAUCCAGGACAUCACGCAGAAGCUCUUCUUCCUGCAGGUGAAGGAGAGCAUUCUGGGAGAUGAAGUCUACUGCCCCCCAGAGUCCGCUGUGCUGCUGGCCUCCUACUCGGUCCAAGCCAAGUUUGGGGAGUAUGAUAGGUUUGUGCACACGCCUGGCUAUCUGUCCUCCGAACGCCUGCUGCCUAAGAGAGUGAUGGACCAACACAAGCUGUCCAAGGAUCAGUGGGAUGAGAGGAUCCAGCUUUGGCAUCAGGAGCACAGAUCAAUGCUGAAGGAGGACGCCGUCCUCGAGUACCUGAAAAUCGCCCAGGAUUUAGAGAUGUACGGCAUCAACUACUUCGAGAUCAAGAACAGGAAGGGCACGGAUUUGUGGUUGGGUGUAGACGCCCUGGGGCUCAAUAUCUACGAGAAGGAGGACAGGCUGACCCCAAAGAUCGGAUUCCCCUGGAGCGAAAUAAGGAACAUUUCCUUCAGUGACAAGAAAUUCAUCAUCAAGCCCAUAGACAAGAAAGCUCCCGACUUUGUAUUCUACGCCCCUCGCCUGCGCGUCAACAAGCGCAUCCUGCAGCUGUGCAUGGGCAACCACGAGCUGUACAUGCGCCGGCGCAAGACGGACAGCAUCGAGGUGCAGCAGAUGAAGGCCCAGGCCCGGGAGGAGAAGCAGCAGAAGCAGAUGGAGAGAGCUCUGCUGGAGGGCGAGAAGAAGAAGCGGGAGACCAUUGAGAAAGAGAAGGUGCUGAUGGAGAAGGAGAAGCAGGAGCUGAUGACGAGACUCAAGCACUACGAGGAGACAACCAGGAGAACAGAGAGAGAACUGCAGGAGCAGCUGGACCGGGCCAUGCGGCUGGAGACGGAGAGGAGGACGGCGGAACAGGAAGCUGCGCGGCUGGAGACCGAGAGGAUGGAGGCCAUCAUAGCGAAGGAGGAGCUGGCAAGGCAGGCUGAGGACCAGAUGAAGAGCCAGGAGCAGCUGGCUGCAGAGCUGGCCGAGUACAGCAUCAAGAUCAAUCAGCUGGAGGAGGCCAAGAGGCUCAAGGAGGAAGAGGCUGACUCAUGGCAGCACAAGGCUAAGGAGGUGGAAGAGGAUCUGCUGAAGACCAAAGAGGAGCUUGUAAUGGUAAUGACCACUGCCGCGACUCCCGCCGUGGCACCUGCCGCCUCUUCCUCAUCCUCAUCCUCCUCGGACAGUGAAAGCGACCACGAACACAGCGAGGACAACAGCACCUACAGCGCUGAACUUCAUUCACAGGAAAUCGACGACCACUGUCAGGAGGAGGAGCGCCUCACCGAGGCCCAGAAGAACGAGAACUUGCAGAAACAGCUAAUGGCCCUGAGCUCGGCUCUGGCUGAAGCCAGAGACGACACCAGGAGGACCCAGAAUGACUUGCUGCACACGGAAAACCUGCGCGCCGGCCGUGACAAGUACAAGACCCUGCGGCAGAUCCGUCAAGGCAACACCAAGCAGAGGGUUGAUGAGUUUGAGGCUUUGUAAGACACCUCGGAGAGUCAAAGGUCAUCUGGUUGCCGCCGAUGCCUCACAGAGGUGCUAUUUGGCAAUUUCUUUGAAUUCAGGUGUUAUGUAAUUCUGCCCAGCCUGAUCUGAAAGUCCCAGUAAAAUGUGGCGGAAAUACGUUAUGGUACUGUACCUCCAUUUUAGCUUGCUUUUUGGAAGUUUCGUGACAGCGCAAUGUUUUUUUGUUUUGUUUUUCUCAGGACUCAAACAUCUCCUACAUCAAUGUACUCCCACAACAUGGCAGCAUGGCAUAAAGUCCACGCAAUAGUGGACUUUAUGCCAUGCUGCCAUGUGAGUUUUUGUUUAUAUAUGAACAAAGAUGAUAAAUGAAUCUUUAGGGAUCCCAUGUAAAGUAACAUAAUUCAGGGAGAAAUGAUUAAAUAUGAUUAACCGGAUGUUUAAAGCAAACAAAAACUGGUAGCAGCGUUUCUGCUUCUCGGUCUCAUGACGAUGCUCAACUCACGCGGCACGCCGCCCCCCCCCCCCCUUCGUUUUUACAGGCAUCCACACAGUCAUAAUGUGUUUUAUUUAACUAGAUUUAACGUGCUAAAAAGAAACGAGAUUAACUUACACGGACGUAUUGGAUUCAACGUUGUUAUUGUCACACGGUUUGGAAGUCAACAGGUUUUAGGACUUCCGCGUGUAACUCCUCAGGUGGGGAUUCACGGGGUCAGUGGGGUCUCUUCUACACCACUGCCUCCAUACCACAGGAGUUACCUCGCUUUUAAGGUGGAAUCUGAGCAAACGUCUGAACCCAGGUCUUACUUAAACCGAUUAACCUGGGGGCUGUUGCUGCGUCCACAUGGCCCGUGAAACAUUCCCCGGUGUCCUGCCACCCGUAGAAGGAAAACCCUUUUAUGAUAUGAGGGUCUUUCACCUGAAUCAGUAAAACAAACACGCUUUUCAAAGUAAUGUUUAUGGUCCAUCAUUAGCAGAACUUUAUUAUCGUUUGCAGCUUUACACUCGAGAACAAUGUCAUUGUCGAUGAUCGAUGACUUCAUAAUAGCAGAUGUUGCUGUUCUACUAUGUAUACCACCUCAAAUAUUGUCCUCAGUUGGAGCAUUAAAUAAAUAAUAAAAAAAGCAACAUAA